AUGGCUGAUUACCGAAUUGCCCUUGUGAGCCAUAACCUCGAGUAUUUCCACAUAUCGUGCCUAGAGAAUAUGAUCGAUCUUCCAUUGCUAGCGCCGUCUCAAUUUAAGCUCGACAAGGGUGGUUAUCGGUGGAAUAGCGGCCGGCCUUGGACAUGGGGCCUGAUGUUGCGGAAAUGGUUCCAGCAUAGCGGGUGCGUCGACCUCGCCAGGAUUGCAGAAUACAUUGACGCGUACGACAGGUUCAAGGCAGAGCUCAAAGCUUUUAGUACACCUCAUACCAAAUGGCAGCUAACUCACUUAAACCAGUGUACUGCCGAUAGAGGAUCUUGCGGCUGUCCGCCCGAGCCGGAAGGGCCAGGAUCACCGCCAACGCUGGAGGACUACAAAACGGGAGACACCAAGGCAUGCUCCAUCAGUGAGGUCCUUAAACAUCCAUAUGUGGGAAUACUAUCCACGAAGAUCGUUAUCCACGGUCCCCUGUGUCCUAGCUUCUUGGUGGUCCCAGAGCAGGAAUCAAAGGAGGCUGAGCCUGAUAACGACGAUGGCUCGCACCUCCGGCUGAGGUCCGUAAGCGAUACCCCUCGCGAAUGA